AUGGUGUAUGAAGGAUGCGGGAUAGUUGCAGUGGCAGGGGACCAGGACGACCUAAUCUACCUGAAUCACGCGCGCAAGCUCAGCCUCAGUGGGAACGUGCUGUUCGAGCACGCCGACCUCCAGCAGGCGCAGGUGGAAUUGCGUUCUAUCUCUUCGUUACGGGCCAGGUGGACCGCGCCUUCAAAUAUUCCAGGUUGGCGCUCCGCUCUACGCUCGCCCUCGGUUGUUAACCUGCGACUCAUCUACUACCGCGUGCACCACGCCUCCAAAGAGGCGCGCAGCCGGCUGUGGUGGUCAAUCUACCUAUUCCCAAGCUGA